GAGUCAGCUGACAGUGAGACAUAAAGGCAACAACAAGUCUCGCUGCCUGCAUUGCAGUGCUAACCGCUCUGAGGUUUACUACACCCACCACCGAGGAACAGCCGGGAAUCCGCGGAGUCAUGCUGCUUCUAGCUCUACUUUUCGUGUCUUCAGCUGUAGCAACCCCUCUACUGGGCACUGAGCAGUGUGCUCGCGGCCCCCCCUACUGGUGUCAGAAUGUAAAGACAGCGUCUCUGUGUGGAGCAGUGACUCACUGCCAGCAGAAUGUGUGGAACAAGCCCCAGAUGAAAUCAGUUCCAUGUGACCUGUGUAAAGAGGUGCUGAUGGUGGUGGGACAGAUACUGAAGGAUAAUGCCACUGAGGCUGAGGUUCUUGGGUACCUGGAGAAGGCCUGCCAGCUCAUUCCUGAUCAAGGUUUGACUGCAGAGUGCAAGGAGAUGGUGGAUAACUACUAUCCCAUCCUCAUGGGAAUCCUAACCGGAGAACUGGAGGAUCCUGGUGUUGUGUGUGCAGCCAUCGGGCUGUGUCAAUCUCAGCAGGCAGCCUUGGCUAAGGCUCAGGCCCAGGAGCAGCUCAUGUCCAAUGAAAUCCCUGCGGUUGACCUUUCCCAGCGAGUGGCUCCCUUCCUCAUCAACGUGCCUGAGCUCCUCUAUCCCCAGGAGAGCACCAAGCAGGAGGCUCCCAAACAAGAGGCCCCAAAGCAGGAAAGUGAUGUAGUGUGCCAGGACUGUAUCAAGUUGCUGACUGAUGCUCAAGAGGAAGCAAAGGCCAACUCCUCAUUUGUUGACUCUCUCAUUUCAAGUAUUGAGAAACAGUGUGACCUGCUGGGGCCAAGCUUGUCUGAAAUGUGCAAGGAGUACGUCAGCCAGUAUGGUACCCUUGUUGUUCAGCAGCUCAUGUCUAUGGAACAGCAACCCAAGGAUAUCUGUUCCCGCAUCGGCUUUUGUCCUUCUAUGAAGAAAUCCAUUCCCAUGCUGACGCUCCAGGCUGCCAAGGCCAUACCUGCUUCCAAGACCGUACCUGCUGCCAAGAUGGUACCUGCUCUCAAGCUUGUGCCUGCCACUAAGGUGGAGUCUGCCACUGAUAAAUCUAAUCCCAUGGUGCGUGUCCGUGACUCCAAUAUGUGUGCCAUCUGUGAGUUUGUGAUGAAACAGUUGGAGUCUAUGCUGGAGGAUCAGGCCACAGAGGAGGAGGUGAUUCAAGCUGUGGAGAAGGUGUGCACACUUCUGCCCUCCUCUCUGAGUGGCCAGUGUAAGGACCUGAUUGAGACCUAUGGCCAGGCCAUCAUUGAGCUGCUUGUGCAGCAGGCUGACCCCAAGACUGUGUGCACAGUGUUGGCACUCUGCAAUGAAGCCCACCGUGCGUAUGUUGCUGUCCUGGACCAGACACGCUUUAAGGUAGGGGGCUACUGCGAGGUAUGCAAGUUGGCUGUUACUUAUGUCGAUGAGAUCCUGGAGAAGAAUGCUACCGAGGCCCAGAUUGAGGAGGCUGUGAGGAAAGCAUGCAGCUUCCUGCCAGACUCUCUCCAGACUGAGUGUGACCAGCUGGUUGAACAGUACGAGCCUGUGCUUGUCCAGCUGAUCCUCCAGAUGCUCGACCCAGACUUUGUGUGCAUGAAAGUGGGAGCCUGCCCUGAAGCUGAGCGCAGACUGCUGGGAACAGAACAGUGCAGCUGGGGACCUGAUUACUGGUGCAAGAACAUGGAGACAGCAACUCGGUGCAAUGCUGUGGCUCACUGCAAACGCCAUGUGUGGGUAUAGAGGAAGAGGAAGAAGAACACAAACUGACCUGUAGGGAAUUAAAACAAAAACUACUGUAGCGCUGCUUCCCACUUUUAAUUUUUGUCCUGUGUUCUUUUUGGUUGUUUUUUUUUUUUUAAAUUGACUUACAUGAACGCAAUAUGUGUUUAAAGUAACUUUGAUAUUUGGUUGAUGUCUUGGUGGAAAGGGACUAGACAUAUGUUUUCUCUGGGUGGGGUUCAGGAGUAGUGAUAACAUGUACAGUGGUCUGCAGCUCAUGCUGUUCCUGCUUCACUGAGCAGAAGUCACAAAGCUUCACUGUCAGACUUUGCUGAUGGGCUUCCUUUGGGUUUUACUUGCUUAUAUGACUUGUUGUAUAAUGUUGACAUCGUACCAGAUGACUGCCUUCUGUCGGGUAUUCAGACCCCCCCCCCCCAGCUUGAUGUGAUUCCUGAUUGCAAACAGGAGAGAUGGCUCAUUGUGUUAAGAAUGACUGCAGUACUUUUAGCAGUAUGAUCCUUAAAACAAUUUAUAUUUUGUAGAAAGUGUUUGUGUUCAUGUUUUAAGGAGCUGAUAUGGAGGCAAUUAUUCCGAGAGUCUAUGCCUCCCCCUCACCUCCCAUUGUUUGCACUCUUCCUGCUGUUUGUAAAUCACCGAGUUUCUAACCUACAGAUAGCGUCACAAAUUCAAUUGUUUUCUGCUUCAAGUCGACUGGGUGAUCUGUAAAUUUUUAACAAUAAAAUGAUCCCAAUCCA